GCGACAGCGGCGACGGCGGCGGCGGGCGUGCUGGGCAGUGGGCGGUGUCCUGGCGGCGGUGCGACCCCGCGGUGAGGCCUAGGCCCGCGCGGGAGGUGGGGAGGGGGCUCCGGGCGUCUCCCAGAGACCCGGCCGGGCGGCGGUUUGCUCCUGCCCGGCCAGGCCCUGGAACCCGCGGCUCCGGCCUCUGCCUGACUAUCAAUUCAUUUUGUCGCAGUCGGAAAAGUGGAGCAGACGUCACCGGGAAGCUCCCGGGGAGCACCGGGCUCGCAUUAAGGUGUCUUUCCUUCCAGUGCCCUUUUCCCUGCAAAAAUGAGCCGGCUGUAUUUUUGCAGAACUCGGAUCCCAAAGUGCUGCAGCCUGGCUUCUUUGUCUUACCAAUACAUCCCACGCGUCUGCGCGCGGCUGAUGUUUGUCUCCAUCGUUUUUAUUGGCCGCGAACGGGUGCUUUGGUGCCAGGUUUUCCGCGCCUGACAGGGCUCCAAGCUUGCUGAGUGACAGGACUGUGAUUCACUCCACGGAUUAUCUUCACGAUGGUGAACAAACAGCCCUCCUUACAGCCUGGAAAAAAUGACAGAUCUUGUAGCUGUUUGGGAAGUUGCUUUAAGUGAUGGAGUCCAUAAAAUUGAAUUUGAACAUGGGACCACAUCAGGCAAACGAGUGGUAUAUGUAGAUGGGAAGGAAGUGAUAAGAAAAGAAUGGAUGUUCAAAUUGGUUGGCAAGGAAACCUUCUGUGUUGGAGCUGCAAAGACAAAAGCAACCAUCAAUAUUGAUGCUGUCGGUGGUUUUGCUUAUGAAUAUACUCUGGAAAUUAAUGGGAAAAGUCUCAAGAAGUAUAUGGAGAACAGAUCAAAAACCACCAAUACUUGGGUAUUACAUUUGGAUAGUGAGGACUUUAGAGUUGUGUUAGAGAAAGACACUCUGGAUGUAUGGUGCAAUGGUAAAAAAAUGGAGACAGCGGGUGAGUUUGUAGAUGAUGGGACUGAAACUCACUUCAAUAUUGGGAAUCAUGACUGUUACAUAAAGGCUGUCAGUAGCGGCAAGCGGAAAGAAGGGAUUAUUCAUAGUCUCAUUGUGGAUAACAGAGAAAUCCCAGAGACUGUUGAAUGACUUCAUAGUAAUGAAUUUUAAUCUUAAGAAGUAAAGAUCAGGACUUUUAAAUUACUGUGGUAAUUAAAUAUGUUCAGCAUGUACUUUUCAGUACAUCUAGUCAUCCUGUUUUUUAGUUACUUGAAACUAGUGUUUUAAGCAUCAGGAAAAAAAUAUGUACCAUGAAAACUGCAAUUUAUUUUGUAAAUAAUGUAAAAUGUUUUAGAGUCAAAUGGAAAAUAAGAUAUGGACCAAAAAAAUCACUAAUGUUUCAUAGGAGCAACUUUUACUAUAAUAAACACUAUAAAGUAACAUC